AUGGCCGACGCCGGUGCUCCCUCCAACCCGGGCCAGCUGCCUCCCCCCCCUCAGCCCAACACGGGCGCCCCUGGCUUCGAUGGCAACCAGAAUGGCCAGGCCAACCCAUCCCACCUCCCUCCGCCUCCCCUGCAUAUCCCGCAGAACAACAACCCGAUCCCGACGGCCAUAACUUCGCCCUUGUCCGGCGGCGACAAUGGCGGCAUGAUGUCCCCGACCAGCGCGGGCGGCUUCCGUCGUGCUGCCCCUGAGCCCAACAAGCGCGCUCUGUAUGUCGGUGGUCUGGACCAGCGCGUGACCGAGGAUGUCCUGCGCCAGAUCUUCGAGACGACUGGUCACGUCCAGAACGUCAAGAUUAUUCCGGAUAAGAAUGCAAAGGGCUACAACUACGGUUUUGUCGAGUACGAUGAUCCUGGCGCAGCUGAGCGCGCCAUGCAGACCUUGAACGGACGACGGGUUCACCAAUCGGAAAUUCGAGUCAACUGGGCCUAUCAGUCAAACACCACCAACAAGGAGGACACCUCCAACCACUUCCACAUCUUUGUGGGUGACUUGUCCAAUGAGGUCAACGAUGAGGUCCUGAUGCAGGCCUUCUCUGCGUUCGGCUCCGUCUCUGAGGCUCGUGUCAUGUGGGAUAUGAAGACAGGGCGGUCGCGAGGCUACGGCUUUGUGGCCUUCCGGGACCGACCCGAGGCUGAGAAGGCUCUCAGCUCCAUGGAUGGAGAGUGGCUCGGUUCGCGGGCUAUCCGGUGUAACUGGGCAAACCAGAAGGGUCAACCCUCCAUGGCCCAGCAGCAGGCCAUGUCGGCCAUGGGCAUGACCCCGACCACUCCCUACGGUCACCACCAGUUCCCUUCGCACGGCAUUGCUAGCUACGAAGUCGUUCUGACCCAGACCCCGAGCUGGCAGACAACGUGCUAUGUUGGAAACUUGACCCCCUACACGACCCCCAACGAUGUUGUGCCUCUUUUCCAGAACUUUGGAUUUGUCGUCGAGUCGCGAUUCCAGGCCGACCGAGGCUUUGCCUUCAUCAAGAUGGACACACACGAGAACGCCGCCAUGGGCAUCUGCCAAAUGAACGGUUACAACGUCAACGGCCGCCCGCUCAAGUGCAGUUGGGGCAAGGACAAGACGCCGAACCCCCAGGGGGGUGGCGCCUUCGACCCCUCGCAGCAGUACAGCCCGCAGAGCGCCCAGACGCCAGGGGGUUACCCAGGAACUCCCACGUACUAUCCUCAGUAUGGCGAAGCCGCUCAGUACGGCGCACAACCCGGCAACUAUGCCCCUCCCCAGACGGGAUCGCCCGCUGGGUACGGAGGCUCGCCCAUGGGAUAUGCCGGUCCCCAGAGUGCCGGAGGCUACGGACGAGGCCAGCAACCGCCCAACGCCGAGUGGGCUCAGCCUCGCCCCGGACCCGGACAGAACUUCAACAACGGAUUUGGCGGUUAUCAGCCGUAG